GGCGGUGGGCGGGGUCUGACAUGGCUCACGUCACUAGUUGUGUAGGGGAGUAUGGGCUGUGCUGUCAGCCCGGUGUCAGUCUGAUGAAGAUUGGCAUUCAGACUAGGACUUGUGUGUACCCGGCCGGAGCUCACUGGAACAUUUCAAUGCUCUAAUGCUGAGGACAAAAGAAUUGGUCUCCAUGUGAAGCUCUCCCAUGAUGCAACAUGUGCCUCCAGCACCAGCACUGACAAUGAUGGCCACACAGAGCGUCCCUCCACCAUCCUAUCAAGAGAGCCAACAGAUGACGGGCACUGCGCAACAGAACUCCAAGGCCCAGCAGGUCCACAUCUCAGCGUCGUCAGGCGCAGGGGCCACCCCGCUCAGCGUGACCCUUGACCCACAGGCCCAGCUGGAGUCAGACAAAAGGGCUGUUUACAGGCACCCACUGUUCCCGCUGCUGGCUUUGCUGUUUGAGAAGUGUGAGCAGGCCACACAGGGCUCAGAGUGCAUCACUUCAGCCAGCUUUGAUGUCGACAUUGAGAACUUUGUGCACCAGCAGGAGCAGGAGCGUAAGCCUUUCUUCAGCGAGGACCCCGAACUCGACAACCUGAUGGUGAAGGCGAUCCAGGUGUUACGCAUCCACCUGUUGGAACUGGAGAAAGUGAACGAGCUCUGUAAAGACUUCUGCAACCGCUACAUCACUUGCCUCAAGACUAAGAUGCACAGCGACAAUCUGCUACGCAAUGACCUGGGUGGCCCAUAUUCACCGUCACACACCAGCCUACAGCAGGAUAUGAUGCAGACUUCCUCUUCCUCACUGUCAUCUGUGUCAAGCUCAGUUAACUCUUCAGGCAUUGCAGCCUGCUCUCUGCCUCAGAGCAAUGUCAACAUGACCAGCAUCAACUCACAGGUGGUGUCAGGGUCACGGGGAGCCUGGAGCCUAUCCCAGGGGACUUGGGUCACAAGGCGGGGGACACCCUGGACGGGGUGCCAAUCCAUUGCAGGUGGGGCUCUGUAUCAGCCAGCUGCUAUGGUGACUUCUCAAGGGCAGGUGUUAACCCAAACUCUUCAGCAGGGGACUAUCCAGCUCCAGAACACACAGGUGAACCUGGACCUCGCCUCACUCUUGGACAGCGAUGAUAAGAAGUCGAAGAACAAGAGGGGUGUCCUUCCUAAACAUGCCACAAAUAUCAUGCGCUCCUGGCUCUUCCAGCAUCUCAUGCACCCUUAUCCUACAGAAGAUGAAAAAAGACAAAUUGCUGCACAAACCAACCUCACCUUAUUACAAGUAAACAACUGGUUCAUCAAUGCACGCAGGCGUAUUCUACAGCCCAUGCUUGAUGCCAGUAACCCUGAUCCUACCCCUAAGGCCAAGAAGAUGAAGUCACAGCACAGACCCACGCAGCGCUUCUGGCCUGACUCCAUUGUGGCUGGUGUGCUGCAGACACAUGGCCCUCAUUCUGCUAACAAUUCGGACAGUUCCCUGGGCAUGGACAGCCUGCAGCCUCUCUCCUCUGACACGGCCACACUGGCCAUGCAGCAGGCCAUGUUGGCAGGAGCUGAGGACUCCAUGGACGGCACGGACGAUGAAGAAGAAGAAGAAGAAGAAGAGGAUGAGGAAGGAAUGGAGGAUGAGGAAGAAGAUGAAGAGGAAGAAAGGCAUCUGUCUGUCAGGAGAGAUCUGCGCCUUGAUCACAGCGAGGGACUGGAAUAGAGACAGAUGCAGGAAAUUAAUUACAGGAAAUCACUGACCUGACACAUUUUAAAACAUGCCAGAGGUUUCCACUGGACACUUACGUGCUUUGGAACUUUGAAUUAGAUAAGUGAGGUUUGCAAAAAUGAGCUGUGAAUUACAAUAAUUACUGAAUUUAUUUGUACAAUUUAGGGAAAUUAAAGAAUGCACACACAUUGACCAUACGUUUAAAUGUUAUAUACUGGGAGAAUAAAUAGAAGUUUUAGUUAUAUUAACAAAAAUCCUCUGCAUAAUGUUGAUCCUGAUAAGUUCAUGAAUCCAUACCUUAUUUUGUCCCACACAUCUCUUUUGUUUUCAGCUGAAACUCACAGCAUGAUACUUGUUACACGCUCUUUAACAGGAAAAGUUAUCAUCUGUUUUGGCAGGUGGCUUUCUGGGCAUGAGUUUUCAAAUUGUGAUACUUUGCUACUAUCAGUAUUCAAUACUGAGUUUGAAAAUAAUUUUAAAAAAGGAAAAAAAAACAUUGUAAAAAACCUGACAGCACAAAGCUCAUACCUUAGACUAUGAUGCAUUUGCGCAGUUGCUUGAUAUUUAUGUUUUAGGUUUUCGAACAACAAUGUUGCACUUGGGAGGAUUCUCAUUUGCCUGGCUGAUGCAAUUCUGAAUGGCACUGAAGGCCAACUGCCUGGAACUUGCAGCCGACGAACUUUUCUCCUCAUGACAAAGAAAAUACGGAGAGAGACAACAUGGCACAUUAAGCAUUUCAUUUAUGAAGGAAAAUAAACCAGUGGGUCCUUCCAGCCCUCAGACUUCCUUGUGAUGUUUACUGAAGAAAUACUGCAGGAAGGAAGAUAAUUUUGCAGAACAUGUCAGCCGCUGGAACCCCUCUGCGUAUUUUUCCUGUGAAGGACAGAAAAUGUGAAGAUUUUCCUGAGCGGUUUUGGUUAAAUCAGUCUCCAGAAUAAAGCAGCUGUUUCUGAUGUGAUGUUUAGAGAUGAAAGAAGCUGUUAUUGAAUGUUAUUGGAGUUGGUCUUGUGAAGUAUGUUUCUCAUUAUCUUUUUUUCAUGGUUGUUUUUAAAUGGUUCUUCCAGAGCAAGUAAUGAUAGGCGAAAUUUUUAUUUUGUUUGUACACAUUGUUGUCAUGAUCUAUUGUGUAUCAAUAGACCAUUUUUGAUAAUUAAAAGAGAUAAUUUUA